AUGAGCUUAAUAAAUGCUUACAAAAAAAAGGAGCAAGAUAUUGCAAGUGCCAUGUUACUUGUUGAAGUAGCAAAGAGAAGGUUGCAAGUUUUAAGGGAUAAUGAAUGGGAUUCUCUUAUUGAUAAGGUGUCUAUAUUUUGUACUCAACUUGAUAUUUUGAUACCUAACUUUGAAGAACCAUAUGUUAGCUCUUUAAGACCCCGACGUAAACUUGCUAGCUAUACAGUCUUACAUCAUUAUCGUGUUGAAGUGUUUUGCAAUAUUAUUGAUUGGCAACUUCAAGAACGUAAUGAUCGUUUUGAUGAGGUGACGACUGAUUUGCUCCAUGGAAUUGCUUGUUUGAACCCAAUUAACUCAUUUUCAAGUUUUGACAUCAAAAAAAUAAUGAGAAUGGCGGAGUUAUAUCCAGAUGACUUUGAUGAAUCUAAUAUGGGUACUCUUGAGAAUCAACUUACAAGUUACAUUAUUGAUGUUCGUGAUGUUGAUGAAAGGUUCUCCGAUCUCAAUGGGCUAUGCGAUCUUUCCAAAAGAUUAGUGUAG